CUCCUAGGUUAUAUUUAGAAAAUUGCAUCAUCCCAUCAGUCCCAUCAUUUUUCUUCGCUUAUUUCCGGUGUCACCUUCAGUCUCUGCUUCCAACAUGGCCUCCAAUUUGGCCGUGCUCACUCAAUCUCACACCGUCGUCGCUGCAAAGAAACGAGCAAAGCGAGAACAGAUAAAGGAAAUCAUAUUUGACGACAAUGCAAGAAGGGAGUUUCUGACCGGCUUCCACAAACGCAAGCUAGCAAAAGCAGAAGCGGCGCGUAAGAAAGCGGCGGAGCGGGAGAAACAGCAACGACAAGAGGUCCGGCGCGAGCAACGUCGAAUGCUCAGGGAACGCGCGGCGGAGAACGCAGCACAGGUUGAAAGCGCUUAUGGUGCAAUAAUUGGUCCAUACAUUAACGAAAACGAGGAAGAAGAAUGGCAUGGUAUAGCCGAGCUUUCAGACAAGCAAAAGGGCAAGCAAAAGGAACAGGAAUACGAGGAUGAGAGGCAUCUUGCCACUGUUGCUGUCGUUGAAGACUUUGACCCUGAUACAUUAAUCCAUGGCCCACCGAAGCCGGCUCCGUCAGUGCCCUCGGAGUUGCCGCCGACGACAGUUCCUCGGACCAAGCCUCUUUCAAAAUCAAAAGUCAAAUCAAAGGUACGGUACCAAACGAAGGGCGCGCGACGGGUGGAACAGACAAAACAACAUGCCAGAAGACGAGAAAAGGCUGAGCUGGCUGGCGGAAAGGCUGCGCGACGUGGUAAGGGCAGUAAAGGGAACAGGCGUUAGGCCUACGGUCCGGCGGGAUCUGUUACUAUUUCUGUCACGUUUCUGUCACGCUAUUGCAAAUGUAUUGCUUUCCUUG